GAGGAGCUGUCGGAAGGGGGAGGAGGGGAGGAAAAGAGGAGGAGGUGGAGAACUGAGCAGAGCAGAGCAUCGAGCCAAAGGGGAGAUGAGUUUGUCUGUCCUCGGCUGAGGCUCCGGCCGGGCCUAGGGAACUGGGAGCUCGGGUUGGAGCGACACCCGUGGAAGUGGGAGGAGAUGGCUCUGGGACUUUAACCCCUUGUGGGCUCUGCGGCAGGGGAUUUAACCCUUUGUGGAUCUGGCCCCUCUGAGGCAGCGUCAUCGGGUAGUUUUAACCCUUUCGGGACUGGGUUAAACCCGUUGGACUUCAUCUCCUUGCCCACCAACUCUUCGGUCUUGGGGGCGCACUGCGGGGAAGCUUGAGGCCCACUCCCUCCUCACACUGCGUAUUGUUCUUGCUGCUGCACCCCCUUGGACUCACUAGCUGGACGCCUGUGGGCACUUAACCCUUUACUGACUUUAGCUCCCCAAGUUGCAAUUGGAGUUUGCUGACAGAAGGACUAAAGGCAUCAGUACAGGAAUUACAGACCGAAGAAGACUUUGUUGGACUUUUUUUUUUUUUUUUUUAAAGAAAAGCCUUUUUUCCGUAAGGACUUAUAGCCAAAAUUCUUCAAACUUCGAGAACUCUACCAGCAUGGCCGAGCCACUCUUGUCAGAAUAUCAACACCAGCCUCAAACUAGCAACUGUACAGGUGCUGCUGUUGUCCAUGAAGAACGGAACCCUGAGCGCCCCCCAGGCGCAGAGGAGCGGGUGCCCGAGGAGGACAGUAGGUGGCAAUCGAGAGCGUCCCCCCAGUCGAGUGGCCGUCCGGAGACGGAGGGGGAAGGGAGCCUGGAACCCCAGCCGCCUCCCCUGCAGACCCAGGCCUCUCCAAAACCUAGCUGCCUGGAAGCGAGCGAAAAAGGCCAGAAUGGGGACGACUUGUCCGCUGGAGGCUCCUCUCCGCCGGCGGCUGGAGGGGAACCGAAGCCCGAAGCAGAGCUGCUCGCCCAGCCGUGCCAUGACUCCGAGGCCAACAAGUUGGGGGCUCCUGCCGCAAGGAGCGAGGAGGCGUGGGGACAGCAGCAGAGACAACUGGGCAAGAAAAAACAUAGGAGACGCCCUUCCAAGAAGAAGCGGCAUUGGAAACCGUACUACAAGCUAACCUGGGAGGAGAAGAAAAAGUUCGACGAGAAACAGAGCCUGCGAGCUUCGAGGAUGCGAGCCGAGAUGUUCGCCAAGGGUCAGCCUGUGGCGCCUUAUAACACCACGCAGUUCCUCAUGGAUGAUCACGACCAGGAGGAGCCGGAUCUCAAAACCGGCCUCUACCCCAGGCGAGCCGCCGUCAAAUCCGACGACACCAGCGAUGAGGACUUUGUGGAAGAAGCGGGCGAGGAGGAUGGGGGCAGCGACGGGAUGGGAGGGGACGGCAGCGAGUUUCUGCAGCGGGACUUCUCGGAGACAUACGAGCGGUACCACGCGGAGAGCCUGCAGAACAUGAGCAAGCAGGAGCUCAUCAAGGAGUACCUGGAGCUGGAGAAGUGCCUCUCGCGCAUGGAGGACGAGAACAACCGACUGCGGCUGGAAAGCAAGCGGCUGGGCGGCGACGACGAGCGUGUGCGGGAGCUGGAGCUGGAGCUGGACCGGCUGCGCGCCGAGAACCUCCAGCUGCUGACCGAGAACGAACUGCACCGCCAGCAGGAGCGAGCGCCGCUUUCCAAGUUUGGAGACUAGACUGAAACUUUUGGGGGGAGGGGGCAAAGGGGACUUUUUACAGUGAUGGAAUGUAUCAUUAUAUACGUGUAUAUAAGACAGUGGACCUUUUUAUGACACAUAGUCAGAAGAGAAAUUCCCUCCGGUUUUAGUUGGCUUCAUAAAUUUAGCUAUGAUGUAGGCUUUUGCGAGCUUUCUCCUGUUCUUUUAUUAUGUGAAACUGAAGGGUUGUUUUCUUUAGAAGUUUUUUUUUUUUUUUAAAUGUGUAAGUACCUAGACCAAGUUAUAAUGCAUUUUUCUGUU